AUGGCUACAGGUGGUGAAAACGAAAAGAUGGCUCAACGUGUUCUGCGUUUGACAGAUAUUGCCGAAGAACCAAGUGAAUUUCUUAUGCCUAUCAGUGGUUAUGAGAAAAUGCCGCUUGUUUCGCUUGAAGAAGCGGUUGAACCACUUGUGCCAAUUUUACCAGUAGUUAAAAGCUACGCACAUGCAGCCAAACAAAAAUCCAAGAAGACAGCUGAUAAUUUGACACCAGAUGAGUCGGCUUCAAUAAUGCUCUAUUCAAUGGGAUGGGAGCCGCUGGAAGAAUGUCUUUAUUUUGCUUUAAAUGCUACUCUACGAUCAACAAAUCGAGCAAAACUUAAACCGUGGUUUCUCUAUCUUCGGCUGUUUCUCACGGCAUUAUUUCGCCUACCUUCGGUUCCUAAGCUAACGGUGUAUAGAGGUGUAAAACUCGAUUUGAGUUCACAGUUUCACAAAGGCGAAACGGUCGUAUGGUGGGGUUUUUCUUCAUGUACUACGUCCGUCGAGGUUCUGCAAUCAGAGCAGUUUGUAGGUAAAACAGGUACAAGAACAAUGUUCAACAUUGAGUGUCAUACAGCGAAAGACAUUCGCAAGCAUUCGUUUUAUCCAUCGGAAGAUGAACUGCUUUUACUUGCUGCUACUCAAUUCCACGUGAAAGGUAUUCUUGAUCAAGGUCACGGUCAUCACACUAUUCAGUUACAAGAAAUUCAAUCUCCUGAACCAUUACUCAUUCCGCCCCCACUUACUACCGACUCGACUUAUUCAUCUUCCGAGAAACUCCACAGCCUACAAACGAAUAACGAUGUGACUGUAUCCGAUGCCAAUCCAAUUCAACCUGCUAUAAGUAAACCAGAAUGCAACUCACUACAGCAAGCAGACGUACCAAUGAAAAUUCCACCGACGUCUGGUAUGUAUUGGCAUAGCGGGGGAUGUGAUUGAUAUUACAGAAAUUUAAUCUUGCUGCCAGAGAUCAUAGUUGACUGUUCCUUAAAUAAUCAUGGGAGAUACUCAGCUGCAAAGCAACGGUUAACAGAAUGUUGUAAAGCAUUUUUGGCUAUCUUAUAGUUUAAUUGUGUAUCAAAGAAUCUUCAACAUCGAGCAUCUAACUUCGAAAGUUUUAAAAAUAAUGACAGUUCUAGAAAUCUGUGAAAAAUUAGAAAUACUGAAAGCAAACAAAUUUUUAAAUUUGUUUCAGCUCAUGAAAAUAACACGAAAUAGAAACCAGUGAGCGUAGCAUUCACUCAGACGAACACCUCUGUCACUUUUUCUUGUGAGAACCACAACUAGAAAUGUUUGAUAGUGAAGUAGCUUGCGCUUAUAAGUGUGAUAAAUCAGUGGAACUCUGAUGAUUUCAAAGUUUUUCAUCUAGAAUAGUUCGUAAAAAUUAUUUUCUAUGAAGAGAAGCCAUAUGUUUUGAAUGGUAUACUUGUGAAUAAUUGUUUUUUCGAUGGCAAAUAUCAUCUAGUUCUGAUUUGUUUUGAUAAAUGACCUCAGUGUUUCUGCUCUGACAACAGAAUAUAUUUGAGUGUCCAACCUAAGAACGAGUUCAAAAGUAUUCUAUGUAUCAGAGACCUCGAUGAGUAUCUCGAAUAUCAAUAUCUUAGCUGCCCCAGUUUAGGUCUCGAAUAACUAAAGUAUCAAACUUUUCCAUUUUUAGGCUCUUUCUUACUAGUAAAUGUACCAUGUUCUUUUACGGUUUUUCUUAAAUUUGUACGAGCAAGCAGCUUUCUUUGGGACAAAAAACUUGAAAUGAUCAUAAAUCGAUACAGAGGAACUAUGUCGUCAUAACUAGUGGACAUAUCAUAUCUAGGUUUUUCAAGCAAAUGCUUAUCUGAUCUAUUACUCAGCGUUUUCGAAAACAUAGAAACGCAGAAGAUAUAGAUAACUAAGUAGGAAACAUAGAUGUGAUAUGUUCACUAGUGAUAACGACAUAGCUUCUCUAUAUCGAUUUAUAGUAAUUUCAAGUAUUUUUUUCCACAGAAAACUGCUUGCUCGUGCAAAUUGAAGGUGUGGGUGUGGUUUUUCUGAUCGAUCAUACCCACACCUCACAUCCACACGGACACCCAGAGUCGUCUUAAUCGUUUUUAUUAUCCACCAAUGUGGAUACAAUUUCGGUAUUGUUUCAGAGAAAAACAAGUUGUGGUAAAUGGGUGUACUCACAAUUCUUGGUUCAUUCUCUUCUAACACCUGUGAAAAAAGUUAGUUUUAAAGUAAUAUUAUUCGCUCUAAUUAGAGCAAAAAGUAUUCACCUUUUUUAUUUUUCAUAUUUAUGUACAAAGACGUACAUGUUCCAAAUCUAGAUGUUUUCGAUAUAGUGUUUUAUUUGAAUAACAUGGAUCAAACAUUUGAUAAAGAACAGUCUUUCUACUUUCGUGAACUUCGUUUUCAAUAAAGAAAACUACUUGCUGUUUAAUGGGUUUAGUUGAGAAUUUUUCGGUGAAUCUUUUAUUAUGAGUAGUUAUCUAAUAAAAAUUUUUGUAGUUGAAAUCUCAACGGUUGUUGUUGAAUUUUAUAGAAAUAAUAUUCAAUUAAUUAAUCAUAGUUACAUGUCAAAAAUAAGAUAAAACGCACAAGGCUUUAAAAGAAAACGAAUUAUAAUAAAUCUUUGAGCUUGAAAUUAUUUUCUUGUGAGCAAUCUUGCAUUUCGGUUUUUAUCGUCAAGUUUCUGUGAAGAUAAUUUAGCAAAUAUCCAAAAUAGCAAUAUAUAUAAACUUCUCCAAUAACAAUUGAAUACUCAUCAAAAUUACAAUUCAUGCACAUGAGAUACAAUAUCACUAUGACGUAUUGUAGUCAAAGGAUGAUCUAAAACAAUGUUCAAUUAUUUGUCAGACUGUCAUGAGUCAAGAAAAUUGAAGAGUAAAUUUCUUUUGAAAUAAACAUAAAUUAUUGACUUUCAAUUAAAUGUUAGCAAAAAAGAAUCUAUAAUUUUAUUGAAAACAAAAGUGUAGACGACUUGCAUUGUUUAAGUUUUAAUCAGUACUCAAUCAAGUUUCUUUUGAGACAAGAGUUAAAAAUUAUACUACGUGAUGCUUUCUUUAAGUCAAAUCGAUUCAAACUAAAAAAUUCUAAAAGGAAGCUGAAUCAAUUAUUUUAGAAAAUUAAAAUACAUAGAGAAAUUCAGUUCUGUUCUUUUGGAAAGGAAAGUAUCAGUUCUACUUUCUGCUUUUUAUUCAAAACCUUGCAUUUUGCUAUGAAGGACCACCAUUCUUUGCGUUCUUCCGUCCAUUCUUAUCAUGAAAUUAUGUAGUAAUUUUUUUUAAAUAAAAUAAAAUAUUCUUAUUCACUAAUCUUUACUCAAAAGUAAAAUAUUCAUUUCAUUCUUCUUGAAGCAUGAAAGUCACAUUUCUAGUCGAGACUCGUUUUAAGACAUCAUCAUACUAAAAUACAUCAUGGACAUUAUUUCUGGUAUAUAUUCUUAGUAUUUUUCACAGUUAGUCAAUUUUUUUAUUGAAUAAGUUUAUCUUUUGUAUUUGACCAAGAUGUUUAUCACAUUGUCUUCAGAUGAACUUGAUUAUAAAAGUUGAAAACUAAGUGUUUACUUCUAAGAAGAUGGCAUAUAUUUCAGAGACCCAUCCGAUUAUCACAACUUUGUAUGCUAGUGAGAGAAUUUAUAAGUAGUCGUUCGAUUAUCAAAAGUUCUUCGCUUAAGAGCAAAAGAAUUUCUUUGAUUCUAUCCAUGUAUAUCUACAGAUAUAAUCAAUCUAUGAUUCGAGACAAAACAAGACAGCAGUACGGAGAAUCUGUAUCUAUAUAUGCUUUAUGAAUGAUGAGGUGAUCAAAUAUACCGGACGAAAGAUUCAUAUUCUAAUAUAAGUGGUUUAGAUCGUUUUUCUUUGGUGAUUAAAGUUCAAGUAGUAUUUUCCGUUGAAAAACUGUUUUUACUCAGAAGAGAUACAUCGAAAUAAUUGAUUAACAUUUUAAUUAUCAAUGGAAAUUUUCAAAAUUUUGCAGAGUUGAUAUUUUAAAUAAUUAUGAAACUUGGGUUUCAUAAUUAGUACGAAUAUGAGAUUUACCACUUCUUGUUGGUCUUCCAGCAAUCAGUUUGAAAAUUAGUAAGAAUUAUUCAAUAUGAAAUAAAGUUUUCAAGUCAGGAAUAUGAGAAGAAUAAAGUUAAUUAUAUUAAUGAAAUAAUUAAAAACUUUUAAAAAUGAAACGUUCGUAAAAAAGAACUAACUUGACAAAGUUCUGCGUUUUCCAGUUAUCGUUUGUGUCCUGUAUCAAAGAACGAUCAAAUACGUCUUCAUGCAUAGAAAUACACAAUUUUCUAAAGAAUUGAAUAAUGAAUCUUCUUAUGAGAAAAACUUGUUGUGAAAUGACUAAAACAUGCAUAGAUACUUAGAAAAACUCUAUGAUUGUCAUUUAUUUUAGUCUCCCUCUGUUUAUUGUUUUCUCGUCAUUCUGCUUCCAAAAAUUCAAGUUAUGGCUCUACGCGAAAUAGUUAUAAUAUAGCACAUGAAAUGUUAUUAUAAGAAGCUGUAAUCAGAGUAGCGGUCAUGCUAUGUUUGCAUUUGAGGAUUAGACAUUUCUCCGCCAUGCACUUUAUUGUGCUGUCAGAUAUCUGCCCCGCACUUUUUAUCAACGAUAUUUAUUUUGAAUAAUACACUCAAAUAAUUUGGUCACUAGGCGGUCGUUUCCACUUGCAUAUAAAUAAUUAAAAUUGUAUUGUUAUUUCCGGU